AUGAGAGCGCAGUUUAGACAGUGCGCUACAGAUUGUAUGGCGUUGUCGUCAGAUAGCUACAUUAAAAAGGAUGCACUGUCAUCUCUUGAGGACUUGUGUGUCAGGUGUGUGUGUAAGAAUCUGAAUGUUCUGACUUAUUUGAGUAAUGAAAAUUGUGAAGUUAAACGGAAAUGGAAGUUCCCCUAUCCUGGUUUUCGUCUAGUUGCCCGGCCAUCUCAAAAGAUUUUACUACAACUUUGCAAGCGCAACGCCUUAGAUGAUGAUAGAAUGGGCCUUUUUACAGCGGAUUGUGUUGAUUUAAUGUCUCCAGUAAUCAAAGAAGCGAAUGUUGGUCCUUCUUCAUUGAAAGUUCUCAAAGAUUUUCAUCUUUACAGCCUUUCUGCAAUGAAUUUAACGAAAGUAAAUUUGAAUACCAUCAUCAGUUGUCUCGGUGAAUGGACUGUUCAAAAUUUGAUGUGUCUAAAUAUAUCGGGGACCUCCAUCUUAUGUGAAACUCACUUGCCAAUCUUGGUCGCACUUGGGAGAUUCAAAAAUUUAAGUGUCCUUAAUGCAAGUAGGACAGAAUUGAGCUCACAAUGCCUGCAAAUAAUUGCCGAUGAUUUAUUAAGUCUUCGCUACCUAAACAUUUCUAGAACACGUGUGACAGAUAUCACUCCUCUUCUAAAUAUUCGUGAGCGGCUCAAUGGGCUCAUAAUGCAUCGUCUGCAGCUAGAAAGGACGGAGGAUAUUGAGAAGUUACUGUGUAAUGUAGUGGAACUUCACCAACUUCGCAUACUUGAUGUGUCUGAUAAACCACGUACUAAUACCGGAAGAUUUAAUGCUGUUGAUAAACUUUGUUCCUCUGAAGCUCUACCUUUUCUGGAACACAUAGACUUGUCAGGAAAUCAGUUUGGUUUAAAGCUCAGUGAUGCAAGGACUUUGCUUGAGAACCAUCCGAGACUUACAUUUGCUGGGUUUGCUUCCUGGCUUUCGAGUCAUGAACAUGAAUUGGAGGGAAUUUACAGACUAUCUCAUCAGUAUCCUCAUAUAACAAUGCUGGGGGACAGAGGUGACGAAUUACUAUUGAAUACUCUGACGCGUAAUAAAGAUAGAGCCUUUUACCUCCAACAUGCGCUCCACAGUAUCUUUGAGGCUACUAGCAACCGUGAGUGUGUGAAACCAGACCUUCUACAGGCUGUUUUACGUGUGAUGAGGUUACACUUGAGAAGAAUGGAAAUGAUAUUGGCUGGGACGGCUGUGAUUUACAACUUAACACGAAGUGAGCAAAGCAACCAACUUCCCUUAGAUUUGUUGAAUCGCGCCGUCCGUAUGACUUUAACAGCUAUGGAAAAGUUUCCAGAUAAUAGACAGUUACAGAAGAACUGCUUUUUGACGUUGUGCAGUGAUACUGUACUUUAUCGUGCCACCUUCAAUUGUAUACAAUGUUGUGAAUUGGUUUUCAACAACCUGCUUGCGUUUGAUGACAUUCAUAUGAAACGUAUGGGUGUGGCAAUAAUUUCAAUACUAGCUGCUGAGAUCUCAACGUCUGGAUUAUCCGAUUUAGCUAGAGAUCCAAGGAGAAUUGAAUGUCUUCUGAGCUAUGUUGCUGAUAAAUGCCUCUUGGUAUCAGAUGUUCCAGAUCUUGGUUCGUGUUUACGUAGUUAUAUGCCACAGUUGCGCCUGCGCACUGAAGGACCACCGAUUUUUGACACCACCUUGAGGUUUACUUUAUCUGCUUUAUGGAAUCUAACUGAUGAAUGCCCUGAAGCUUGUUUAAGAUUUGUCCGCCAGGGUGGUUUAAUUAUUUAUGAAAAAGUUUUAAAGCGAUUCGCUGAUCAAAAUGAAGAGACUAAGAACCAUGUCUAUACAAAGUGUCUUGGCCUGCUGAACAAUGUUGCGGAAGUUGAACAGACGCGUGAAACCUUAUUGAAAGAAAGUUUAAUGAACUUCUUUUUUAAAAUGCUCAGACAUCCGUGUAUUCAAAUCAGUUAUUUUGCUGCCGGUAUUAUUGCUCAUCUGUCUUGUUUGAAAGACGACACUUGGAUGCGCAAUAUUCAGUCUAGUAAAGAAAGUUAUGUUAAAUUAUUGGGUCAAGCCGUUUGUAACUGGCAGCCACCACAAUCUGAAAUGGUAGCAUAUCGUUCUUUUGAGCCUUUUGGUUUGUUGGUUUUACACCCGGAAAGUCGUUUAGAGAUACAUCUGUGGGCUGUUUGGGCUAUACAUCAUAUUUUAACGCGGAAAGAGAUGCGUUAUGUACCUGUGCUAUGUGAAUGUCAACCGCUCUUAUCAUUUCUACGAUUAGUUGUUUCUUUUGAUGAAGCAGUUCUCUGUGCACAUAGCUUGCAACGACAAUUAUCCGACCAAACGUCUCAUGUUUCUGGUACACAAUUUCAUGAUACUGAUAAUUUGAAUGAAAGUGCCAAUCCUACCAGAUUAUCACCUGUUUCAUAUGAUACUGCUUAUAAUCACUCUGUCAGUGAAUCUUCUCAUUCAUUGUUUUCCGAGCGUUUCACUGAACCGUCUAUUGCAACUGGAGGUGUCAGUGAUUGCUGCAUGUCAGACAGUCAACUUCCUCAGGCUUCUAGACAUUCUUCAACUGUAGGACAUAUUGAGCCUGUAGGACAAAGUGCUGCUGGAGUCGCCGCAUUUGUAGGACCUGAUGAAUCCCAGCUCGCUUGUGCUAGACUUAUUCGUAAAAUGGCCUUAGAGAUACUUGCAUCAGUAGAAAGAACGUUGCCUACAUUACAGUCCACUUCUGUUAUUAAUAACAAUAUUAAUAUUAAGAAUAAUAACAGACAAUGUAAUACAGUCAAUUGUCAGUGUUAA